ACCGGAAGUAAAAUGGCGUUGGAAGAACAUGUGAAUUUUGUUCACUUGCUAAAUGACUUAGAAAAUCAAGAAUUAGAGGCUCCUAGUGGUGUGGCCACAGCACAGGUGUAUGGUCAGCUCCUCACACUUUACCUCCUGUUCAACGACACAUGUAAUGCCAAGUUAGUAUGGAAGAGAACACCAGCUCAGCUAAAAAGUUCGAACCCGGAACUGGCGUUAAUCUGGGCCAUUGGACAGAAGAUGAUACAGCGAGAAUAUCCGGCUGUCUAUGACACAAUAAAGAAGGAAUGGCCAGACUAUCUGAAACCAUUCAUGACAGCCAUGUUGGAAACAACACGUAAAAGAGCCUUUGAUUUAAUAGGACUGGCGUAUGCGUCAAUAAAUGUUGAUGUGCUUGCCCCGUUUGUCGGACUACCUGCAUCAGAAGCUGUACAGACUGCAGUUUCUAAGGGCUGGAAAAUAGAUGCUAAGUCGCAGGUUGUUACACCUAAAAAACCUGACCCCCCUCCGAGCCCGCCCAUGAUCAGUGAACAUCAGCUGGCAGUCCUUACAGACUAUGUGUCGUUUUUAGAAAACUAACAAUCGGAAAUCUGUUGUGAUUACAAUACGCGCCACACCAUCAACACAGAUAUGACAUACAUUUACAGUGCACAUCAUGCUGUGGUAAUUAAAAUAUGACACAAUGACACUGAUACAAACAAAACAUUAUUAUAGUAUGUGAUCAUGACAUGGACAUGAAAACACCGAGUAUACAAACCCAGAGCCUGCCAGCCGUUAGGUCGAUGUCUUCAGCCAUGGAGACCGGUCAUUUGGUGGCUAUCAACACGAUGAUCCCCGUGACACGUCAUAUGUUAACACAGUCUUGUGCGGGAACGUAGUUUUUGUGGUGUGUCAAUUUCAUACAGUCUUGUGUGUGAAUGCAGUCUUGUGUGAAUCAUGUCAUCAUAUGUAACCACAAUCAUGUGUGAACAGUCUGUGGUGUGUGAAUGUAAUCUUGUUGUGUGUGAACAGUCUUGUUUGUGAACAUAUUCUGGUGUAUGAACAUAAUCUGGUGUGUGAACAGUCUUGUGGUGUGUGACCAGUCUUGUGGUGUGUGACAAGUCUUGUGUGUGAAUGCAGUCUUAGGUGAAUCAUGUCAUUAUGUGAACACUGUCUUUUGUGUGAACAGUUUUGUGGUGAUUAAAUGGUCUUGUGUGAAUGCAGUAUUGUGUGUGAGUGCAGUGUCGUGUGAACGUAUUUUUGAGUAUAACUACUGUUUUGUGUGAACGUAGUUUCAUGCAAUUAAUGCAGUCUUAUGUGUGAGAGUAUUCUUCUGUCUGAAUGUAGCCUUAUAUGUAAACGUAGUCUUGUGUGUGAAAGUAGUCUUAUGUGUUAACAUAGUCAUGUCAUUUAUGUGAACAGUCUUUUGUGUGUGAAAACAGUGUCGUGUCAUGAAUGCAGUGAGUGAAUGCAGUGUGAACGCAGUGUGUGAAUGCAGUGUGUGAAUGCAGUGUGUAAUGCAGCGUGUGAAUGCAGUGUGUGAACGCAGUGUGUGAACGCAAUGUGGAACGCAGUGUUUGUAAUGCAGUGUGAACGCAGUGUGUGAAUGCAGUGUGUGAACGCAGUGUGUAAUGCACUGUGAACGCAGUGUGUAAUGCAGUGUGUGAACAGUGUGUAAUGCAGUGUGUGUAAUGCAGUGUGUGAACGCAGUGUGUAAUGCGGUGUGUGAACGCAGUGUGUGAAUGCAGUGUGUGAACGCAGUGUGUAAUGUGGUGUGUGAACGCAGUGUGUGAACAGUGUAAUGCAGUGUGUGAAUGCAGUGUGUAAUGCGGUGUGUGAAUGCAGUGUGUGAACGCAGUGUGUGAACGCGGUGUGUAAUGCGGUGUGUGAAUGCGGUGUGUGAACGCAUUGUGUAACGCAGUGUGUGAACGCAGUGUGUGAAUGCAGUGUGUUAACACAGUGUGUGAACGCAGUGUGUGAAGUCUGAACAGCCUUUUGUAUGUACACAGCAGGCCUCUGAGAAUUGGAAGUUUGCAUAAUCCAAAUUUGGGUUGCGCAAUUAUUUUUCAGGUAACCCAUUUCAUUCUGCGUAACCCGUUACAAAUAUAUCAUUAUGUGAACAGUGACAAAUGAUAGUGUAACCCGUUACAAAUACAUCAUUAUGUGAACAGUGACAAAUGAUAGUGUAAAAUAUUGUUAAUGUCUCUAUUUUAUUUUAUUUUGGUGAGAACAAAAAAUGGGUUACGCACAACUAGACUUGUGCAAAUGAUGCGUGAGCAAAACGACCAAAUUGUGCAAUUUUCAGUCCUGCAGUCUUUUAUAUGAACACAGUUGUAUGUGAACAUGGUCUUGUAUGAAUGCAGUCGUAUGUGAACAUGGUCUUGUAUGAAUGCAGUCAUAUGUGAACAUGGUCUUGUAUGAAUGCAGUCGUAUGUGAACAUGGUCUUGUAUGAAUGCAGUCUUGAGUGAACUUUGUCAAAUGUUAAAACAGACCUGUAUGUUAAUGCGUUGUUGUGUAUGUGUGAAUGUAGACGUGUGUGAAUGCAGAAUUGUAUUAACAUAGCCUUGUGUGAACUUAUCCUCAACAGAGUUGUUUGGAUGCAGUUGUGUGUGAACAUUAUCUCGUAUUGUGUACGAAGGCAGUGUUUUAUAUAUGCAGUCUUGUGAGAACACCUUUGUGCGUUAUUUUAGUCCUGUGUUCACACAGUUGUGUGUGAAUGUAGGACUCGUGUGUGAGACUCAUGUGUGAACAGUUUUGUGAAAGCCAUGUUGACAGAUCAAGGUGUUCAUAAUAAAUAUUAAUGAAUAAAACUCAAGUUCAUUGUG